AUGGCCCUAAACAGUCCUGGCGGUUAUCCUCCAAUGUCACCAAAACCCUUAACUCCUAAAAGUCCUCGACACUUCAUUUUUCCACAAAAGAGUCCUUCAAUUACUUCCAGCACUUCAUCUUCCGGAUACUUCACACCACAAUCUGGUUGCAGCUAUGAUAAGCACAACGCUCCACCUAAAUCACCGAUCGCCCAUGGCCACAGAAGUCCUAUAAGUCCAAGACAUUUUAAUUUUCCGCAAAAGUCGCCAUCAGGUCGCUCGAGUCCAUGUAACUUUGACAGAAUACCUCACGGUCUACAUUACUCGACAUCAUUGAAGCAUGGAAGACGUGAAAAAUCCCGGUCACCUAAACCACCACCAGUACAUAUUCACACUAACCCAGGCUAUGUAUCUCCAAAUAGAACGAGAAAAUUGUAUGGUUCCACAUCUACUGUCAGCUCACCUCGCCUCGUUACAUCGCCAAGUAUUGUAUCUAGUCACACUGAUGAUUCAACGGACGCAAUGCCCGGUACUCCAUCAGCAAUAAUUCAUGAUGCAGAUGAUGAAGCUACAACUACAUCUUCGAGGAUUUGUCGAAAAUCAACUUCAGAUUUGACUGAUCUAACCGAUGAUACACCUUGCACUCGAUCUACAAGCAUCAGUAGGCCAUGUUCGCCGAUGCGUAGAGGUUCCAUGAAAGGUGGAUUAGCAUACCUAGCAAGCAGACGUGGAUCGAGAGAAUCAACAAUGUCGAAUUGUGAUUCAGUUGAGGACAUCGGGCCGCUGAAUUUUCAGAACACGAUGCGUGGUCGGCAGCGUCGGACUUCCAACUUUUUGGAAUUACCAGUGGUUGAACACGCACGACCGCGGGUGUGCUCCUUACCUGAGAAGCCGUACAAUCCUCGGCUGUCGGAUGACCUAUAUAGAUUAAGGACAUUCUCUAUCACCACGAAGGGAGGAGUUGUUAAUUGCGGCGAUUCCAUUUGCAAUCGUCGAAGCCGUUCCAACACUUCAGUCAAUUCCACCAAUAGCAGGGCAUCUGAUAGAUCACCUUUUGAUGGCUCGUGCUGCUCUGGGUACCGCCCUGUUGAUUCAGCAAGUUUGACAACCCCAGAUGAAGAUGACCUAGAUCCGAUACCAAAGUACCGAGUAGUGUUACUAGGUGACGCGGGCGUCGGGAAAACAGCUCUAGUUUCUCAAUUCAUGACAUCUGAGUACAUGAACACCUACGAUGCGAGUUUGGAUGACGAGUUUGGUGAAAAAUCUGUAUCCGUAUUGCUUGAUGGCGAGGAAUCCGAACUUAUAUUUAUUGAUCACCCCAGCACCGAAAUGUCGAUAGAGAACUGCCUUUCGACAUACGAACCCCAUGCGUGCGUCGUAGUUUAUUCCGUUGUCGCUAGAAGCUCAUUCACUCGGGCCGCAGAGUUGCUUCAAUAUUUGGCUAGAGAACAGUUUACAGUAGAAAGAACUGUGGUGCUGGUCGGCAACAAAGCUGAUUUGGCUAGAGCGAGACAGGUUUCUACAAACGAAGGAAAAGCGCUAGCAACCUCAAGAGACUGCAAAUUUAUUGAAACAUCUUCAGGAAUUCAACAUAACGUUGAUGAAUUGUUGGUUGGAAUUCUUAAGCAGAUUCGCCUUAAAGAGAACAGAGAUAAAAAACAAGCGAAAAAAGUAAAUAAGCAGGAAUCAAAAUCUUCAAAACUUGCUAGCUCUCGCACACACAUAUCUCUCAGCAUCGCCAGAGAUUUGCUCCAAAAAAUUUGCAUCAACGAUAUUUCAAAGUCUAAAUCCUGCGAAAAUUUACAUGUCCUGUAA